AGUUAGAAUGUUGUGAAAAUUAUAAAAGUAAUUUUUAAUAUAUAAUGUUUAUUUCUUUGAAACGGAAGAGGCCGUAACACUGCAGAGUUUCGUGCUUCUGACAUUAUUGGGUAGUCUAUGUCUUUUCCAUGAGGUGUUUAAUGGUGCAAAACUGGCUUUUAGGAUAUUGAGUGAAUUGCUCUUUCUUGUGAUCUGAACUUUUCGUAUAUUUUACUGAUUACGCACAUUUCGUUAAGUCAACAUGCCGAAGAAUAAAGGAAAGGGAGGUAAAAACAGGAGAAGGGGUAAGAACGAAAAUGAAACUGAAAAAAGAGAGUUGGUUUUCAAAGAAGAUGGACAAGAAUAUGCACAAGUUACAAAAAUGCUUGGGAAUGGUAGGUUAGAAGCAAUGUGCUUUGAUGGUGUGAAACGAUUAUGUCACAUUCGUGGAAAAUUGAGGAAAAAAGUAUGGAUUAAUCAAGGUGAUAUAAUACUAAUUGGUUUGCGAGACUAUCAAAAUGCAAAAGCUGAUGUUAUAUUGAAAUACACAUCAGAUGAAGCACGUAAUUUGAAAACUUAUGGUGAAUUCCCUGAAACUGUAAGAAUCAAUGACACUGUCACCUUUGUCGAAGAUGGUUUUGAUGAAGAUAUUGAAUUUGGUGAUGAAAUUAGUGAUGAUGAUGAAGAUGAUGUUGACAAUAUCUGAUGAUCUUCAGUAUAAAAAUAAAAGGUAUGGUACAAGAGUGCAUGGAAACACCUAUUUGUUUUACAAGAUACUACCAUUUGUUGCGGAAUUCAGAUACUAAAUUUUGUUUUAAAUAAGUAGUCAAUUUUCUGUAUCUAUAAAUAAAUCUCCAUUCAUUUGUAUAAUAAUUUCCAAUGAAAAAUUGAGUCCUGAAUUUUCAGGAUUUGCGUCAGUGUUAUUAGGUUUGUGGUACUCACUAUAUAGCCUGUCUUUUAUUUUUA